CAGCUCGCCCACGCAACCACACCUACUAACUAUGGAGUUUGCUGACGACUCGUGUGAUGGAUUAUGGCUUAGUUCAAGAAACAGAAGAAGAGGAGGGCAGGGAAGCAAAGAGAAGACCAAAACUAAGCCUACAUACUUUAUAGACACGUCUUCUGAUACUGCACUGCUGAAAAGUGGGGCUGGAGGUGAAAGCAAUGAGAAAGAAGAGGUUAGAAUUAGUGACAACAAUGAUGAAGAAGCAAUGGAGUUAGAGCUAGAGCAAGUUUGGAGCCAGCCUCCGUUUGAUCCAAAGAGUUUAAUAGGAAAACCUUUUAUCAUACCAGACAGGAGAGAGAGAGGGAGAGGGGAAGAAGGAACUUUAAAAGAAGAAACAAGAAGUACUGGCAGCAAGAGAGGAUUACUAAUGGUUGAUAAGACACUAAUGAAAUCUUUACUGGUUUCAACUUCAGCUGAGGAGGAUCAACAUGAAGAGGUUUUCGAUAUGCAUAAGGAAGCAUGGCCCAGUAUGUCACAGAGUGAUGCAACGAAGAAUGGAGAGACAGUGGAUAGCAGUACUAAUAAAAGUUUACCUGAUUGGAGUACUAUUGUGAAAACUGAUCCAAAGCCUUUACCACAGAAAGAAGUGGUAAUUCCUAGUGACAACAUGGACAUUGAUCCGGAGGAGAAGAAGAAAAAGAAAAAGAAGAAAAAAGAAAAGAAACUAGAAGAGCCUAUGACACUCGAACUGGGAAGCAUACUUGAUGCUUUACAAAAAUCAAAAGCUAAAGCAGAUGCAAGACCAGUAAAGAAAAUCACAGCUGGUACUGUUGCCCUUCCUCCUCCUCCUCUCUCUCUCCCUUCUUCUUCCACUGCCCCAGUCAAUGAUGCAUCCAUGACAGCUGCUAAGCUAAGCGGGACAAAGAAUGUCCUGGACUCCUCUGCUCCUAGUGUGAUGAGAGGAAAGGAGAGAGAGACUCCAAAGAAACGGAAGCCUUCAUCUCUUAGAAAAAUCAUUGAUAAAGAGAGAGAAGAGCGAAAGAAGCAAGCUGGAGAGGGCCAACCCAUACCUACAAUUGUUGACAUGCAAACUGUUCCGCAGAAUACAAGUACACCAGGUCUUCACAACAGAAACUAUAGAGAAUAUUGCACACAUUUAGUGACUGACAAGAUUAAUGGACUUGUGGAAUCUCUCCUGAAUGACCUGAGCAGGUUCCAGGAGAGGAUUUACAAGAAUGAGCCUCUUAAGUUUAAGAGCAAGCGUCGGUUUGUUUGCGGGCUGCGUGAAGUCAAGAAGCACCUGUUGCUGAAACAUUUAAAAUGCGUCAUAGUUCCACCCAACCUACAAAGAAUACAAUCACCAGGCGGUAUUGAUGAUACACUGAGCAGUAUUAUAGAAUCAGCCAAAGAGCAAGAGGUACCACUGGUGUUUGCACUCAACAGGAGAAGACUGGCUUUUAUUUUGAAAAAGAAAUUCAAUAUUGGCUGCAUUGGGAUUAUAAGUUGUGCAGGGGCCGAGGAAACAUACAAGAAGCUUAUGGAUCAAAUUCGCAUCAGUACUGAGCAAUAUCAGCAAAAAAGGCGCAAAAUUGAAAAAGAGCUGGCAUCAGGAGCUCCUGCCACAUAUCAACCACAGCACAAUAAAGAUGGAGUGACUAUAGGUCAACCUGUUACCAUUAAUAACUAUGAAGACUUGUUUGAGAUGCAGACAGUGGAGGAGGAAGAAGAGGAAAGAGAGAAAGAGGAGGAGGAGGAUGAAGGAGAUGAUUCUGUGGUUCCUGUUAGUCAGUGGAAUCAACUUUUUGGUGAAGUCGAUAAAGAUGAAUCUAUUGGUGUUCCUUCUAAACCAGCUCCUUCGUCAUUCUCUUGGAAUUUAGAGGCACCAGAAUUUCUACCAUUCAACAUACCAAAUUCAAACUGAAUGUUUUUAAUUUUGAUGAUACGCAUAUCUGUAAAUAAUUUUGUUCAUAGAUUUGUUGAUACUCAUACCAA